AUGCCUCACCCAGUAACCCCGCCCUUAUCGCAAGAAGAACACCAAGCGACGAUGACCGUCGUGGCCAAGGGCGAGGCCCCUCCCCCGCCAACUCAGGAGGAGGUCUCUGCCUUUAUGCACUCCAUCUUCAACGCUGCCACUUCUGCCGCCUCCGUCGAUGCCGCCUACGGCCUUUGCGAAGUCCUGAACAACACGAUUGGAUACCAGGGUCUGCUGCAAUAUGGUAUUGUCGCUGAGGUCAAGAAGGCCGCUGCCAACAAGAAGUCUGGCCAGAUCCGCGAGUCUGCUCAGAACCUUCUCGGCGCCCUCUUUGAGCGUCUUCCUCCCAAGUCUCCUUUGAGCGAGGUUGUUUUCCUGCUCCAAGAUGGUGGCUUGGUUGCCUGCUCGCUCGACGCUCUCUCUGACAAGGGCUCUGUCGUUCGUGAGUCUGCACAAUAUGCGCUGGACGCUCUCUUCAACAACCUGAGCCCCGAGGCUCUUGUUGUUGGCCUGCUGCCCGCCCUCUCCACCUACCUCAGCAAGAAGACCGGAAAGUGGCAAGGCACCGCCGCAGCCUUCAAGAUGCUGCAGAAGAUGGCCGACAAGGCCAAGCAGACUGUCGGCUCUACCCAGGAGCAGGCCGAAGAGCAGGAUGUCCUGCGCGAGGCCAUGGGAACCAAGUUGGCCGGUCUCAUUCCCAUCGUUGAGGGAGGCAUGCACGACCUCAAGAGCGAGGUUGAGAAGCAGGCCGUGCAGACCAUGACCUCGCUCACUGGCCUGCUGUCCAACGACGACGUUGCUCCUCGCAUUCCUCUCCUCAUCGACACCAUGCAACAUCCCUCUACCGAGACUCUGCGCAAGGCCAUUCACGCCCUGUCCAUGACCACCUUCGUCGCCAUCGUCACUUCGCCUGUUCUGGCUCUCCUGACUCCUCUGUUGGAGCGAUCUCUGAACACCCCUACCACCGCUCAGGAGGUGCUGCGCCAGACUGUCGUUGUCGUCGAGAACUUGACCAAGCUUGUCCACGACCCCAUCGAGGCCCGAACCUUCUUGCCCAAACUCCAGCCUGGUGUUAAGGGCGUCUACGAUCGCGCAUCCCUUCCCGAGGUCCGUGAGCUUGCUAAGAGAGCUUUGGACGUUAUGGACAAGGCUAUGGGUGACGACAAGGACGUUAUUGAGCGAGUCACCGGCGAUGACGUGUCCAAGAUUCUCGACGCUGAGAUCAAGAAGAACGGCGGGCUGGUUGGCAACGCCGACAUUUACAAGCUGGCUCGUCCUUACAUGUGCGACCAGGUCGCCGAGGACGUCAACCACCGUUUCGUCGGGCGCAUUUCUGCCAGGAUUGCUCCUUACCUUCAGGCGCUGGUACAGACUGCCGACGCUCACACUGUUGUUGCUGACGCCGUCCAAAAGCACUACGUGGAGGAGGAUGAGCGCAAGUACGGUGUUCCCGAGAAGGAGGACGAUGGCGAGACCGAGAUUGUCAACGCCCACUUCUCCUUGGCCUACGGUGGUAUGCUGCUGCUGUCCCACACCAACUUGAGACUUCUCAAGGGCCACCGUUACGGUCUUUGCGGUCGCAACGGUGCCGGCAAGUCUACUUUGAUGCGCAGCAUUGCCAGUGGCAAGCUGGAGGGUUUCCCACCCCAGGAUGUCCUCCGUACCAUCUACGUCGAGCACAACCAGGGUGAGGAUGCUGAUAUCAGCAUUCUGGACUUUGUCUUGAAGGACGCUGAAAUCGCCGCUCGUGGCAGGGACAAGGUUAUUGAGGUUCUUGCUGAGUUCGGUUUCACCGACGGCCCCGAUGGUCGCCAGUCUCACAAGGUCGGCUCCCUCUCCGGUGGUUGGAAGAUGAAGCUUGCUUUGGCCCGUGCCAUGCUCAAGGGUGCCGAUGUCCUGUUGCUGGACGAACCUACUAACCACUUGGAUGUUGCCAACAUCGCCUGGCUCGAGAACUACCUCAAGACGCACCCCGACAUUACCAGCUUGAUCGUUUCUCACGACUCUGGUUUCCUUGACAACGUCACCACUGACAUCUACCACUACGAGCCUAACAAGAAGCUCGCCUGCUACAAGGGUAACCUGGCCAACUUCGUCAAGCUCCGUCCCGAGGCCAAGAGCUACUACACCCUCUCUGCCUCCAACGUCCAGUUCAAGUUCCCGCCCCCUGGUAUCCUCACUGGUGUCAAGUCCCAGACUCGUGCCAUCAUCCGCAUGACCAACGUCUCGUACCAGUACCCCAAGGCACCAAAGCCUUCCCUGAUGGAAGUCUCCUGCCAGCUUACCCUGUCUUCCCGUGUGGCUAUCAUUGGCCCCAACGGUGCGGGCAAGUCUACCCUCAUCAAGAUUCUUACUGGUGAGGUCAUCCCCACCACCGGCAAGGUCGAGAAGCACCCCAACCUGCGUAUCGGUUACAUCAAGCAGCACGCCUUGGAGCACGUUGAGAUGCAUCUCGAGAAGACACCCAACCAGUACCUGCAGUGGCGUUACGCCAACGGUGACGACCGUGAGGUCCACAUGAAGCAGACUCGUAUCCUCUCCGACAAGGACAGAGAACAGAUGGACAAGUUGAUUGACCUCAACGACGGCAAGGCUCCCCGCCAAAUUGAGUCUCUUGUCGGUCGUCAGAAGUACAAGAAGACCUUCCAGUACGAAGUUAAAUGGCGUGGCUGGCUUCCCAAGUACAACACCCAGGUCUCCCGUGAGACCCUGAUUGAGUGGGGCUUCAACAAGCUUGUCCAGGAGUUCGACGACCACGAGGCUUCCCGCGAGGGUCUCGGUUACCGUGAGCUCCAGCCUACCGUCAUCUCCAAGCACUUCGAGGACCUCGGCUUGGACCCUGAGAUCGCCAACCACAACGAGAUCGGUUCCCUGUCCGGUGGCCAGAAGGUCAAGGUCGUCAUUGCCGGUGCCAUGUGGAACAACCCCCACUUGCUGGUUCUUGACGAGCCGACUAACUUCUUGGACCGCGAUUCCCUCGGCGGUCUUGCUGUCGCUAUUCGCGAGUUCAAGGGUGGUGUCAUCCUUAUUUCUCACAACGAAGAGUUCGUCGGCGCCCUGUGCUCCGAGCAGUGGCACGUCAACGACGGCCGCGUCGCCCUCCGUGGCAACGCUGCCAUUAACCUCGGCUCAUUCGAGGACAACAGCCAGCCCGGCAGCGGCGCCGUCAGCACCGUCGCCUCCACGGCAGUUUCCAGCGCUGUCAACAGUGCCGUCAACAGCGGUGUCGAGGAUAACGCAGAGCUCAAGUUCAAGGCCAAGAAGAAGAGGAAGAAGACCAAGAAGGAGCUCAAGGAGCAGGAGGUCCGUCGCCGUCUGCGUCACAUCGAGUGGCUCAACAGCCCCAAGGGCACCCCCCACCCCGCUGACACGGACGACGAGGAAUAA